ACCAAGGAAGCCAGAUUAAAUAAUUACACAAAUAUUAACUGAUAUUGUUAAAGUAAGUGCCAUGAAAAAGUACAUGGUACUAAGAAAAGGGAAUAUAGGACAUUUGACCUGUUGGGCUAGAGAAAACAGCCAAGGAAAGCAUCCUCUGAGGAAGCGGUACUUCACCUGAAGUCUGAAAGAAAAGUUCAUUAACAAGUGAAUGUUCACAAGGAUUGUCUUCAGUCAUGGCCUCGGGUUUAAGGUGCUUCCGCUUGGUCCACCCUGCCUUUUGCAACUCCCUUGCAGCCUUGACCAGACCUGUUUCAGAAGUCACGCUGCAGACAGUGAGAGGAAGACAGAAUGACCGUGGGCAAUGCAUGGCCUAUGCCGCCGUACCAGUCCGUCAUUUUGCUACCAAGAAAGCCAAAGCUAAAGGGAAAGGACAGUCCCAAACCAGAAUGAAUCUUAACACUGCCUUGGUUGAGGAUAUCAUCAACUUAGAAGAAGUAGAUGAAGAAAUGAAGUCUGUGAUAGAAGCACUCAAGGAUAAUUUCAAUAAGACUGUCAGCAUAAGGACGUCACCAGGAUCCCUUGAUAAUAUCACUGUGGUGACUGCUGAUGGGAAGCUUGCUCUCAACCAGAUCAGCCAGAUCUCCAUGAAGUCGCCACAGCUGAUACUGGUGAAUAUGGCCAGCUUCCCAGAGUGUACAGCUGCAGCUAUCAAGGCUAUAAGAGAAAGUGGAAUGAAUCUGAACCCAGAAGUGGAGGGGACGCUAAUUCGGGUACCCAUUCCCAAAGUAACCCGGGAGCACAGAGAAAUGCUGGUGAAGCUGGCUAAACAGAACACGAACAAGGCCAAAGACUCGUUACGGAAAAUUCGUACCAACGCAAUAAAUAAGGUGAAGAAAUCAAAGGACAAGGCCUCCGAGGACACCAUUAGGCUCAUAGAGAAACAGAUCAGCCAAAUGGCCGAUGACACAGUGGCAGAGCUGGACAGGCAUCUGGCCAUGAAAACCAAAGAGCUUCUUGGAUGAAAACCCACCAGGGCCAGCAGUGCUCCAGAGCCCAGUUCCUAGCGGAUCCCAUGGGUGGCAAAUCGGCACUUCUCUAUUCCAUCCAUACGGAAAGUUGUCACCUUGCAUUGUCAGUCCUAGUGACCGACGGCCUUCCAGUGGGACACUGUUUAUUCUCUUCCUCCUGUCCGCUGACCACCGUAUCUCCUCUGGGCCUUCUGGCAUGGGUGGUCCUCAGAGAUGCUCUCUUGCUGACAGAAGGCCUUCACUUGGGCCAUUUGUCUUGACCAUGACGUCACCAAGCUGUUAGGACCAUUGGCAGGCUUGCCGCUGUCUGCUCCUCAUCUCGGGAGCCUUCUUUUCAGACAAUUAGUCACGCCCUGUCCCCACUUUUGAACUCUGCUUGGGCCAGUGUGAGCCUUCACCCGUGUUGGGUACCUUUGCCCAUUUUCACCAAACAGUAAAACCUAAAUAAAUUGGAAAGAAUAACAAGCGCGGAGGAAACGAUCGGAUCGGUGUGGAUUCAUGAUCUCCAAGGACCAGUGUGUAAAGCAUCCGGAACAGUGCUUUUGCUCUCUCCCCUUACCAUCCUCCCACUCCUUGCCUGACCGGUCCUGUUCACCCUUGGGUCUCAGCUUGGAGAGCAUGUCCUUUCCCCUGCCCAACCUAGGAUGCCUGUUAUUGGCUCUCCUAGCACUUUCCACUGCUUUUAUCUGAACCUCAGUUAUUCUUUUUGAUAAUUAGUCUGUUUAUUUUUAGUUUCCUUAGAAGUUGGCAUAAUGGAACAUAGUAGUCUGGAACUACUGUGGAACAUAGUCUGGAACAUGGUAGGCAUUCAGUGUGUUGUGAAUGAGUGGCACAUAGUAGCUGCUCAACAAAUGCCAGCUGUUUUUCCUUUCUUUGCACUCUGAACAUGGUUCUUCUCUCAUUUUUCACUCUUGCCUCUGUCCUCAACAUUUACUCGGUAAUGAGAUCUCUGUCCCCAGGGCCUGCCUGUUACUGAUGGACAAGUUGUUUAUUGUGGUGCAUCUUUGGGUACUAGGUUAAGUUACGUUCUCCCCCUAGUAAAUCUCUUCCCUUUGUUUGUUCAUUUAUUCAGUCAUUCAUUCAUAAUCUAGCCAUCGUGAGCUAGAUUCAUAACAAUUCUGGGUAAUCUUUUUAAUCCUCACAGUAAACUUGCAAGAUAUAGAUUAUCUCCAUUUUGCAAGUAGGAAAACUAAGACAUGACAAUAUUAGAUAACUUGCCCAAAGUGUUAGAGGGUUUCAUUAUUCACUGUCCGCCUCAUUUUACAGAGAGGGGAGAGCUCACAGAGGUUCGGUUUCUUGCCCGGGAUUUCACAGCUAUCACCGGGCAGACCUGGGCAUCGCAGUGAGGCCUGAUCUCAAUCCUGUGCUCUGCCCACUGCAUCCUGAUGCCUUCACAAGCGGUGGAGCGCCCUCUGUGUGCCAGGCACUGUGCUCUGUGCUAGGACUACAAAGAUGGGGGAGACACGGCCCCUGGCUUUGAGAGGUGCAUGGUCACUGGACUGUGUUGCUGUCUAUGGUCUCUUGGCCGGAAAGUAGAAGGUCUCUUCCAGUUCUGCCAGAUGUCUACCUUUAGAAUGGAACCCUCUCUGGCGGCAGCAAGGCCUGGCCACAUUCCUUCUAAGCAGCAUCCACACUCUCUUCUGCUGUUUGUUUCCCCUCAGACUCUGUCCCCUGCGAGAGGUAAUAAAGGCUGCCCUUCUCCCUCUGCUUGUACUGGCAGAGCAUGCUGCACAACAGCCAGUGGGAUUCAAGGUCAGAAUUAGGUCAAAGAUGAAAGAAGGGAACACAGACUCCAGCCCCGCUUACCUGUCCUCAGUCCAACCACAUUCACCAGCCCCAAGUAACCAUCACACAGUCAGAAGUCAGCCAGGGGGAGGGACAGGGAAAGAAAUAGCAAUCAAGGGAGAUAUUUUUUGGGGGGUAAGCCACAUGGCAGGGGCUUUGCAACAGUCUUUCGUGAGUGGCCGAAAUCCCCCACUCACUACAAAUGUGCUGCUCAAAGAUGCAGGAUUUUUUAAUAAACAGAGGAAAUGAUAAAUUAUGUUGUAACUCCACUCCAAAGGCAUUUGGUUCUUAACAGCCAAAUCCUCUGUAGUCUUUAAAUAAACAAAAACUUAUUUGGUGAACAGACGGGGGGGAAAAUGAAAGAUUUUCUGUACUUGGGUUCCACAUGUCAACAAUUUCUCUCCUGUGUGUGUGUUGGCCAAAGCCGUAUAUCAUGAUAAAUGAAUAAAGGAAAACCUCGAGCCCAGGGCAGUCAGACGGCUCAGCAAA